AUGUCCACUAGUUCUGGAAAGAAGGAGCCGAGGAGCAGGAGCCAGGCGCUCUCUGACCGCUCCUCACAGGUGCUGGUAAACCGCGGGGCUUCACCCUACCCAGGGCCUCAGCAGAGUCAGCGCACCCCCGGGGAGCAAGAGCAGCCCCUGACGCCUGCGAAAUGCUUUUUGUUGAAUGUGGAUAUUAAUGGAGAAGGAGAAGUAAUUGACCCACGUGUCCUCAAGGGAGGUCCUGCUGACCAGCUCCAAGCCCCUGUCAUCCAUGAAGUGCCCCACUCCAGGAAUCAUGUUCCAUUCUGGAUGAAUUUGGGCACAUGCAUGCUCAGUGAGACAGAACUCUGCAGUGGCAACUUGCCCUUAAGCCCCAUCAUGGGGGCAACUGUCAGCUAUGCAGAAAGUGCUCAGAAGAGUCCUCCCUUCUCUAAGGGACAUGAUGUCACAGGGAGCAGGGGGAGAGGGUCCCAUCUUCUUCCUGUUGAGGUGCCAAAUUUCCCUUCAGCAUCCACCUGUCCUCAAGUCUGGCCGGUGCCACCUCUCUCCGCAGUGCCCCCCAAGAAACAGGCUCAGGCGGGGGGCAGCAAAAAGGCGGCAAAAAAGAAGGAGAAGAUUAUUGAGGACAAAACUUUUGGUCUAAAGAACAAGAAAGGAGCAAAGCAACAGAAGUUUAUCAAGGCUGUCACUCAUCAAGUUAAAUUUGGUCAACAAAAUCCAUGUCAGGUAGCACAAAGUGAAGCUGAAAAGAAAUUGAAGAAAGAUGACAAGAAGAAAGAAUUGCAGGAGCUAAAUGAGCUCCUCAAACCUGUUGUCGCAGCUCAAAAAAUAAGUAAAGGUGCAGACCCCAAGUCCGUGGUGUGUGCCUUCUUCAAGCAGGGCCAGUGCAGGAAGGGUGACAAGUGCAAGUUUUCCCACGACCUGACUUUGGAGAGAAAAUGUGAAAAACGAAGUGUUUACAUUGAUGCAAGAGAUGAAGAACUUGAAAAAGAUACAAUGGAUAAUUGGGAUGAGAAACAGCUCGAAGAGGUAGUGAACAAGAAGCACGGUGAGGCAGGAAAGAAAAAAACAAAAACUCAAAUAGUCUGCAAGCUCCUUGAAGCUAUUGAAAAUAACAAGUAUGGCUGGUUUUGGGUGUGCCCUGGAGGGGGUGAUAAUUGUAUGUAUCGGCAUGCACUUCCUCCUGGAUUUGUGUUGAAAAAAGAUAAAAAGAAAGAAGAGAAAGUAGAUGAAAUUUCGUUAAAAGAUCUCAUUGAAAGAAAGCGUUCUGCUCUGGGCCCGAAUGUUACCAAAAUCACUCUAGAGUCUUUUCUUGCGUGGAAGAAACGGAAAAGACGAGAAAAGAUUGACAAACUUGAACAAGACAUGGAAAGAAGGAAAGCUGACUUCAAAGCGGGAAAGGCGCUGGUGAUCAGUGGCCGAGAGGUGUUUGGAUUCCGCCCUGAACUGGUCAGUGACCACGACGAGGAGGCCGACGAGGUUGAUGAUUCCAUGAGCGUAAAAGACAGACCUAAGCCUGUACAUCCAAGACAUGUAGAUGAGACAGGCGUUACUGUAGCCAGUCUCGAAAGAUUCAGCACAUACGCUCCAGAUAAGGACGAAAACAAACUCAGCGAAGCUUCUGGAGGUGGAGCUGAAAAUGGAGAAGGCAGUGACUUGGAGGAGGGCAGUGAAGUGGGCGGACCAGAAAACGGAGCCCGAGCCGGUCCUGUGGACCAGAACCUUUUCACCGGGGAGGAUCUGGGUGAACUGGAAGAAGAGCUGAACACAAUCGAUCUAGAAGAAUGACACCAGACUCGUCAAGGAAGAGAUGAGUCGGCUCCGCUGGAGCUGAAAUUGACUGCACUCAUUUUUCACCUAGAAUCAACAGGAUGUUCGUUUCUCAUGAUUCUAGAGGGUUUGCUCUCCUCUGACACAGGAGUGUUCACCCUCCCUGCAUCUUCUCCUCUGACUUUGGCUCCAUCUCAUAGUAAGUUCAUAGUAGUUCAUGAAAUAUUGAAAUAUAAAGGUCAUUGCAGAAAAUGAUUGUUGUACCUGUCCUCUCAAUAGGAAGUGUAACUGCUUUUCCAGCUUUCGGUUUCCAUUGGGCAUGUGUUACUACCAACAACGUAAGUCUACACUUAAAGACCCUUAAUUUGAUGCAGUUUUCAAAGAGUGAUUUUCUUUCCUUUGUAUUUAUAUGGUUUAAAGACUGCCUAGAUGUGAGCACUGUGCUGUAGAAAGGAAACUGCACAUGCACAUUCAGUGUUGGGUAUCUUUGGACAACUUGAUGGACAUUUAAAAUGGAACAUGAACCCAACGGGAUCAGCUACAGUGCCCUGUGUUUUCCCUCUUCUUUUUUGCCAAUAAAGUUGUAAAUAAAGAACAUCAUACAUUAAAACCUUAAAAAAAAAAAGAAAAAAAAA